AUGGCCGCCUCACCAACAAUACGGCGACUGCUCAAGGAGACCGCUGAGCUGUCAUCUCCCUCCUCCAAUCCGAACCCAGCCUUCUUCGCGGCGCCUGUAUCCGACGCCGACCUACACGAAUGGCACUUCACACUCCUCGGUCCUCCAGAGCCCUCACCCUAUGGUGGCGGCAUGUAUCACGGUCGUAUUAGCCUUCCUUCGCAAUAUCCGUUAAAGCCACCGAAUUUCCGCUUCCUGACGCCCUCCGGCCGCUUCGAAGUCAACCGCGAGAUCUGCCUGAGCAUAUCGCGGUUCCACGAAGAAUCUUGGAUGCCAGCAUGGGGUGUGCGGACGGCACUAACAGCAUUAAGGUCGUUUAUGGCAGAGGAAGGCCAGGCGGGCCAAGUGGGCGGCCUCGAAGCUAGUGCGGAGGUGAGGAAGAGAUUGGCCAGGGAAAGUCGUGGGUGGAAAUGUGAAGCCUGCAAGAAAUCGAAUGAGAUGAUCAUGCGCGACUGGUGGGAUGUGUGCCGCGAAGCAGGCGUAAAUGUUCAGGAGGAAGAUCUCGGGCUUGAGUCGCUGCCAGAGGAAAUAACGCUCGAGGCAAGAGACCCAAAUACACAAAAUGCACCAGCACAGAAGAGCGAUCGCGAGGCCGAGGACAGGAUGGGUAAUGGUACGGCGCCAUACUCGCCGCAGCAGAUCCCCGCGAUAUCAUCACCCCCAGCACAGCCUUCCACAGCUGAGUCACAGUCACCAGCACAUUCAGGCACAGACUCCGGCGACACAUACGCAGCUCUCUGUCCUCCCUCUCAGACAUCAAUCCCUAUGGUCCCCACACCGUCAGCAGAAGCAACACAGGCGUCUGCCGAAGCCAUCCUCACGCCCUCCGACCUCUCCCUACCACCUCCAAACGCCUCUGCACCGGCGACUCGGCCCAUGACAAUGUCCAGCAUCCACGCGCCCCCUCUAGCAACGGCGAAUGCAGCACUCACUCGGUCCGCCCAAUCACUCAUCGCACGACACGAAAGAGGGCGUGACCAAACCAUUACCAUCGACCGGGCCAUCGCGGGCGUCUUCCUCGCAUUAUGUCUGAUGGUGCUGAAGAAGAUCUUCUACCCUGCAGGGGCCGGCUACGGCGUCGUAGAUGAUUUCUAUCUCCAGCGCGAGUGA